UAUAAAUUAAAAUUUUUAAUGUGUUUUUUAUUUAAUCUAAUGUAAAAAAUAAUAAAAAAUUAACGUUAUUUGGUGAGCCAAUAACGUUUUUUGGAGCAAAAUUUCUUUAUCACGAAUUGGACUUGGAGUUAAUUUUAUGAGCAUAUCAUACAGGCCCAAGGCCAUUUGGCCCAACUAGUAUUACACGGACUCGAUGCUAAAUGCUAACAAAGUUAACAUUUAAGACUGUUUUGUAAAAACGGUUUUAAAUUCGGUCAAGACUUGAAAGUUCUUUAUGAGGAGGACCAAACAUAAAAAAUAAAUUUUUUAUUUUUUUCCCUCUUUAAGUUAUAUCAGUUGCAAAACCCUAAACCCUUUUAAUUUUUUCCCAAAAACCCAGCGGUGCAAAUCAAAUUUGCUUUCCGAAAAAUCAGAAAUUCAACAAAACGUAUUGAUUCCAAUAUGUCCAGAGAAUCAAGCAGCAAUGGGAAUUGUGAUUCCUUAGUUCAGUUCACUAAUAUGCGAAUUGAUGAAGACGUUGGAGAUGGAGAUGUAGACGAAGAAGAAGCGCCAGUCGGCUUAGGUUUUGUCGAAAAACCAGAACAUGAGUGGUCACUUCUACGCCAUCUAUUCCCGAGCAAAGCUGGAGGAACCCCUGCUUGGUUGGAUCCGAUUAACUUGCCUUCUGGUAAAUCAUAUUUCUGUGACAUCUGUGGCGAUCCUCUUCGAUUCCUGCUUCAGGCUUACGCACCUCUCACAGAUAAGGAAUCAACAUUCCAUAGAACCUUAUUUGUAUUCAUCUGCCCCUCAAUGUCAUGUCUUCUUCAAGACCAACAUGAGCAAUGGAAACACCACCCAGACAAGGGAUCUCGGAGUAUUAAGGUCUUUCGUUGCCAACUCCCUCGCAACAAUCAGUUUUACUCCAGUGAAGCACCUAAAAACAAUGGCAGUGACAAGCCUUUAGGAACAUCAGCUCCACUUUGUAGUUGGUGUGGUACUUGGAAAGGAGAUAAAAUUUGUAGCAACUGCAAAACAGCACGUUAUUGUUCCAAGAUACACCAGACUAUUCACUGGAGUUCAGCUCAUAAAGGGGAAUGCAGAUCAUUAGAAGGAUCCAAAGACACUGCACCAAAAGCGGAUAGCAACGUGACAUGGCCAGAAUAUGAGAUCAUCAAUGAGGAUGAAUCUGAAUUCGACACAGAAGAAUCUACCACCAAUGAAGAUGGAAAUCCUUUAAUUACUGAAUAUGAUCCUGAAUUUGAUGUAAAAAUGCCAGAAUUACGAAAGGCUUUACUUACUACUGAUAACGAGGACGAAGGUGAUACAAAGACUUGGGAAUCUUUCCGCAAAAGAAUAGCCCUUGCACCCGAUCAAGUGUUAAGGUAUUCUAGGCAUGUGGACUCUAAACCAUUGUGGCCUAUGUUAAGUGGGCAACCAUCAAGGCAUGAGAUACCUAAAUGUACUUCUUGUGGUAGCGAUCGCGCUUUUGAAUUUCAGAUUUUGCCACAGUUGCUUUACUACAUGGAUGUUAAAAAUGAUACCAACUCCCUUGAUUGGGCAACCAUUGUUGUGUAUACUUGUGAGGCCUCUUGUGAUGGGAGUUUCGCAUAUCAAGAAGAAUUUGCUUGGGUUCAGCUCUCAUCUCAAUCAUCAACAUAAUUCUUCUUUUCAGUUUUGCUCAUAUUUAAUUUGAUUAAUACAAACAUAAACAGAUGGAUUCCUUCUGUUUACAGUUUGAUUUUACCUUUUUAUUGUUUAUGUUUUACACUACAUUUCAAACUUGAUUUGAUGGAUCCACAAAGUUUUUGAUGCGAGUUUAA